UUAAAAAUGUUGAAAGAAGAUAGAAUUAAAAUGUUACUACUUCCUAAACGAUAUCCCUGUUUGGAUAAGUUCAUCAUAAUUUUGUUCUACUCGAGCAUUAAUGCACUAGUGGUUCUAGGAAUAAUGAUGUGUAUACAAUCUUUGGCAAUAGCAUUUCACGCAUUAGUGGAUUUAAAUGUAUUGAUGUCUUAUCUUCAAACAGAUUACAAUGUUUUAUUUUGGAGUUCAGUAUUAACGAUAAUAUGUGGUUCUCUUGGAUUACUUUCAGCAUUUCAAUAUUCUAAAUCAGGACUAUUAACAAGUAUAGGACUUAUCAUUAUAACAUUCUUUAUAAUUGAUGGAUACGCAAUAAGUUUUAGAGUAAAAAAUUAUUUAUCUGAAGCACAACUUGUCACAAUUUUAUACGAUGCGAUCGCAAUAAAUCCAUAUGAAAAUUUCCAAUUUCAUUUCAUGCAAAGACAGCUCUCUUGUUGCGGAGUUAUGCAUUAUAGCGAUUGGACAACCUACCAUGAUGCUAUACCAGGAUCUUGCUGUAACAAUAUGACUAUUUGUGAUGAUGAUGAUCCAACUUUAUAUAAAAACAAUUGUUCUGAAGUAAUCUACGAAAUAUUAAGUAAUAUUUAUCAAGCUACAGUUGAUACUAUUAUAAUUUUAAAUGUUUGUUUUGUAUUCUCAUUAUUUUCUGGAUACUUCUAUUGGUACCUGUUACGACAAUUGAAAAAAACGAAAAAAAUAUCAUUUCAUCCGUUACCAAGAAUAAAUAUGCCAACGAUCUCGUCAAACCAACUAAAUCAACAUGGUUAUAUGAUAAACACCAAUACAAUUCUGUCAGGAAAUAAUGCACUUCAAAAUUAUAAUUAUGAAUAUUACAAUGCCUAUGCAACUAAUGCAAAUAAUAACCUAGCCGAACAAACGCGACAUGUUCAAAUAUCGGAGAACCUUACAAUCAAUGAGAACAACGAUACAGUUCAAGAAAAAGCUAGUACAACUGAAGAAGAAGUCAAUACACCCCAAGAAGAAGUAGCCAAUACACCCCAAGAAGAAGUAGCCAAUACACCCCAAGAAGAAGUAGCCAAUACACCCCAAGAAGAAGUAACCAAUACACCCCAAGAAUCAAUCUAUACACCCCCCGAAGAAAUCAAUAAACCCCAAGAAGAAGAAGUAGCCAAUACACCCCAAGAAGAACAUAAUACGAUCGUAACCAAAAAUGUUGCUUUCUACGAUAUUACCAAGCCAAAAGCCCCAUCAAUUGAUGGUGUCUUCUUUACCUUACCAACACCGAUUCCUAAAACUUAAAAUAUAAUUUUAAUGAACAAUUGAUCAAUUUAAGUAUUACUCAUUAUAUUGAAAAUAAUCAGCAGAAAAAUGACCUAUCGUUAAUAUGCAUAAAUAUU